AUGAAUUGCUGAAAAGCAAAUGUAGAGAAAUAUCAGCAGAAAAUAAAAGAAAUGGAUGAGGAAGAAUCCAAAAUCAGGGAAAAGGUGAUAGGAAUAAAGACAAAAGAUUUUAAAAAGGAUCAGCAAAUGAGGUUACUUCAUAUGGCAAGUGAUGAACUGAUAUCAAUUAAAAAUUCACCAGAUAAGCCAGAUGGAGAGGUAUUUCAUCCUGAUGAUAAUUUUUGUACAAACCAUCAGUAA